AUGGAGCCAUCGUUGGACAACUACAAGCUGAGCUGUGAGCUCCUGGGUCACAGCAUGGACGUGCGUGCGGUGGCAGUGGGUGGCGCUGCUCCGGAAGGUGGGCAGACUAUUCUGUCCGGUUCGAGGGACAAGAGCACAAAGCUCUGGCGGCCCACUGGAAACGAGUACUUGGAGAGCCUGACCCUGCAGGAUCACAAGAACUUCAUAUCCUACAUCUACUACUUGGAGCCAGAGCAGUGGAUCUGCACGGCCAGCAACGAUGCCACCAUUUGCAUUUACAAGCAGGACGGGUUUGUGCCUUUGCUUUCCCUCAAGGGUCACGGGUCAACGGUGUGUACGCUCUCGGAAGGAUUGGCGCCACGGAGCCUGAUCAGCGGGAGUUGGGACAAGACCGCACGGGUGUGGUCCAUCAGCGAGGCGGGCGACGUGACCUUUAUUACGCUGGAAGGACACAAGGCGGCCGUUUGGGCAGUGGCUACGCUGAAGGACCAGCAGAAAUAUGUGACCGGUGGAGCUGACAAGAACAUCUACUACUGGAACGCCAAGGGCGAAAAGCUGCGCCUGCUUAAGGGACACACGGAUUGCGUGAGGGGUCUCAUCGGCCUGGAGGCCAACACUCUGCUCUCGUGCGGCAAUGAUGCAGUACUCCGCUUCUGGAACGAGGAUGGCGAGUGCGUCCGCCAGUUGAGCGGGCACACCAACUACAUAUAUUCUAUGGACCGAAAUCAAGCUCUGGGCGAUCAAGUGGUGGUCUCCUGCGGCGAGGACAGCACGCUCCGCAUGUGGAAUGUGAUCACUGGCGAUGAACUGGGCGAACCCAUCCUACAUCCCGCCAUUUCGGUGUGGUCUGUGGCCUGCUUGAAGAACGGUGACAUAGUCACCGGCUGCAGCGAUGGUGUGGUCAGGGUAUUCAGCCAGGUUCCUGCUCGGCAGGCGAGCGAAGGAAUUCAAAGAGCCUUCGAUUUGGCUGUGGCCACCAGAAAAUCUCAGAUGAACGAGGAGAUCGGUGGGGUGAAGAAAACUGAUCUUCCUGGUCCCGAGGCCCUCUUGUCCAACGGAACUCGCGAGGGGCAAACGAAGAUGGUGCGACAUCCCGAUGGUUCCGUCAAGUGCUAUAGUUGGGAGUUGGGUAACUGGAAUCUUGUCGGCGAUGUGACAGGAGCAUCUGGAGGCACACAGGCGAGCUCUGGCAAAAAACUGCAUGAGGGCAAGGAGUACGACUUUGUGUUCAACGUGGACAUCUCCGACACGGAGCCACCAAUCAAGCUGCCUUACAACCGGGGCGAGGACCCCUGGCAGGCGGCCCAGACAUUUAUCCAUCGCAAUAACCUUCCACAGGCCUACCUCGACCAGGUUGCCAACUUUAUUGUGAAGAACUCGCAGAGUGCGUCUGUGGUGGUGGAUCAAGCACCCACUGGCUAUCAGGAUCCUUUUACUGGAGGCUCCCGCUAUGUUCCUGGCUCGAGCAACACCAAUGUGAGAAGUGGUGGCAAUGUGGAUCCCUUCACGGGUGCCUCUAGCUACUCCACAACAGCAAGCAAUGCCCAGUCGCAGGUGGAUGUGAACUUUGUGCGAGCCGGUGACAAGCACUUUCCGGUUAGCAGCUACCGCACCUUCGACACGUGUGAUGCCAAGAAGGUGUUGGAAAAAAUGAAGGAGUUCAAUAGUAAACUGACUCCUGCCGAAGGCAAAGUUGGAGACGAAGUCUUGUUGGCUGUCAUUAAGCUAACUGACCAAUCACCCGAGCUGGAUCUGACCUCUCUGGAAGCCCUGAUUAUCCUGCUGAAGUGGCCAGCGGCUAUGCUCUUUCCAGUGGUGGACAUUCUUCGCCUGGCCGUGAGGAAUGAGCCCAUCUUCAGUGUCCUAAAUAAUAGCCACAACUUCCUGGAUAUCGUGAUCCCCCAAUUGACUGGAUCGGCAGCCAAUCAGCUCAUGGUAGUUCGCUGCCUGGCCAAUAGCUUGAGCCACACCACCGGACGGCAGCAGGUGGAGUCCCAUCUGCCGGAGAUCAUCGAGCUAGUGGGAGUCAUCAAGACGGGCAGUGCCAACCUGCAAAUUGCAGUGGCCACGUUCUAUUUAAACCUUACUAUCGCCCAGACUGUGAACGUGGCCAAGUCGGAGGUCUGUCAUGUGGUCACCUCCGGAGUGGUGGAGCUGCUCAAGUGGGCGAAGGAUCUGGAGGCCUGCUACCGUUCCAUGCAGGCCAUCGGCAACCUGACCACCACUUCCUGCGGCCAGGAGACCAUCGCCCAGGUUGUAUCUGUGGACUAUGUGAUGGACAAGUUGCGGGAACUGACCAACACUCCGCAGAGCGAGAACUUCAACAAGGUGAACUUGGUGGGUCAGGCCCUGCUGGCUGCGUUUUAGGAUCGCUGCCAGCCUCGUUCACUUAUGAUCAUUCUAAAUUAAACAUAUAUUGGAGAACGUUUUUUCUAAAUACACAGUAUACACGCUAA